AUGGCGACUAGUAAAAUGACAAAGUUUAAAGUUGGCGAUGAAGUCAGGAUUGACAACAAAGGCAAGGGCCAUAUUAAGAAGCUACUGGAAAACGAUGAGUACACUGUUCAGAUUGAAGGAAUCGAUUUCGAGUUUGAUUGUACAGCCGAUCGGCUUGUUUUAGAAGUUGAAGUCGGGUCUGGGGUUGUAAAGCAGACGACAGAUCAGGUCACGACAGGGGCAGGGCAAAGACAUAUUCGCAUAGACAACAGUGAUAUCGAUGAUUUUGUAAACAAACAAGCAAACAAAAACACUUUGUCAAAAACUUUUUAUGAUUUGAAGCUUCUUCGUCAGUUUUUGAGCCUGGAAAAUGAAAAUCGUGAAAUUUAUCAAAUCCCACCACAAGAAUUGUGCCCCCUCCUUUGCAAAUUCUUUAUAGGAAUACGGAAACAAGACGGUUCCAAUUAUGAACCGAGUUCGCUGCGUGGUUUUAUGAGUUCGUUUGACAGGCAAUUGAGACGGUAUGAUUAUGGUUACUCUGUGGUCAGUAGUGUUGAAUUUGGGAAAGUCCGAGAAGUUCUGACAGCUAAACAACGGGAGCUUAAGAAGGAAGGAAAGGGGAACAAACCAAUGAAGGCACAACCUAUUUCAGACGAGGAAAUUGAAACUCUGUGGGAACAGGGCCAGCUCGGAUGUAGCAACCCUGACAGUGUGAUAAACACACUAUGGUUUUUCAGUACUGUCCAUUUCGGACUACGUGGUUCCGAUGAACAUAGAUCAAUGUAUUGGGGGGAUGUUAAUUUGUGCCGAGAUGUGUCAGGGGAAGAAUAUCUUGAAUUUGAUGAAAGACAAACUAAAACGCGGCAAGGAACAAACCCGAGGGACGUCCGCGCUGUAAACCCAAAAUGUGGAGUAAUUCCGAGAACCUAG